AUGGGAGAUGUGGAGCUUGCUGCUGCUGUCUGGUUCAUGUUCCAGAGGAACCAAAGAGAGAUCCACAGGAGGAGGGAGAGGAGCAAAAUAUAUGCCAUCCCUAAUAGCCAUGUCCCUCUCUUGGACAUCUAUUUGGAUGAGUCCAAACCCAUGCAGUAUGACUACCGCCUGUCAAGGACCUCAAUUGAGGCACUUAUGGCCCUUCUCAGGAGGGAGAAGACCCAUGGCUGGGGUCUGCACGUGGAGGUCCUCAUCACAGUGUACUGGUUGGCACAUGGACUGUCUUACACCGUUGUGUCCAGGGUGUUUGAUGUGCCAAAGACAACGGUCUUUGACAUCAUACACCGGAUGUGUGCUGCCAUCCUGUCACUCUUGGGCAAGGUGGUCCAUUUCCCAUCAGUGGCACAGUGUGCUGAAGUUGGUCGUGGCUUCCAGCACCUAGCCAACAGUGCAGCCUUCAGCCACUGUGUGGGAGCCAUUGAUGGAUGCCACAUCCGCAUCAAGGCUCCUCAUGGUCCACAUGCACAGGAUUACCUCAAUCGGAAGCUGUUUCAUUCUGUCCAGCUGCAGGCCAUUUGUGACAGCACUGGCAAAUUUCUGGACAUAUUUGUUGGCUACCCUGGGUCGGUCCAUGACACCAGGGUACUAAGAAAUAGUCCAGUGUUUGUCAGUGGCUGUUACCCACCACCUGGCCAUUUCAUCGUGGGAGAUGGAGGAUACCCCUGUCUCUCGGCACCAGUGACCCUCAUCACUCCAUACCGGGAGCCAGUGCGAGGAAGAGUGGAGGUCCGCUUUAACGGACAUCAUGCCAGAGCCCGCUCAAUCAUAGAGCGAACUUUUGGCAUGAUGAAAUCGCGGUGGCGUGGCAUAUUCCUCAAAGCCCUGGAAGUGGAGCACACCUUUGCCCCAAAGGUUGUUGCAGUGUGUGCAGUGCUCCACAACAUUUGCGUCACAUCUGGGGACAUCCUGGAGCCAGCUGCAGAAGAGGAUCCUGUGCUGCAGCCACCACCUGUGCAAGAAGAUCAAGGAGGUGGCUGCGAGCUGCAGGAUGGCAUGGACUCCUCCUCCUCCUCACAACUGGAGACACCAUGGCCUGAUGGCACUUCACCCCCAGAUGUGGCAUUGCUACAGGGCGAGGCUUCAGCAGCAGGCGGGCCAGGAUUUGAUGCCGAGCAUGAGGCAACAAGGGUGGGAGGCUGA